AUGGUUUCUGCCAAGAAGAAGGAGAUGGUGACAGCGAUGCGCCCCGCGUUUACUCGAACCCUCUUCUACUUUUUCUGUUUGCUGACUUGUAUGAAGAAAAUCUCUGCGCAGACAAGAAAGGAUGAAAGGAUCUACCCGGAGAAUUUCACUCGCAUUUUGGACCGACUUCUGGACGGCUAUGACAACAGGCUGCGACCUGGAUUCGGAGGUCCUGUGACUGAGGUCAAGACUGACAUUUAUGUGACAAGUUUUGGGCCUGUCUCAGAUGUUGAAAUGGAAUACACGAUGGACGUAUUUUUUCGCCAGAUGUGGGUUGACCGGAGGUUGAUGUACGAGGGCCCAAUAGAGAUUCUCAGGCUGAACAACCUGAUGGUAACAAAGGUGUGGACACCGGACACCUUCUUCAGGAACGGCAAGAGGUCUGUCGCUCACAACAUGACGGCGCCAAACAGGCUGUUCCGCAUCAUGAAGAACGGCACCAUCCUCUACACCAUGAGGCUGACGAUUAGCGCCGAGUGUCCCAUGAAGCUCGUGGACUUCCCCAUGGAUGCACACGCAUGCCCCCUCAAGUUUGGCAGCUAUGCCUAUCCUAAAACGGAGAUGAUCUAUACUUGGACCAAAGGGCCUGAGCAUUCAGUGGAGGUCCCUCCAGAGUCCUCCAGCCUCGUUCAGUAUGAUCUCAUUGGCCAGACGGUCUCCAGUGAAACGAUUAAAUCCAUCACAGGUGAAUAUGUGGUCAUGACGGUCUACUUCCACUUGAAACGUAAAAUGGGCUACUUCAUGAUUCAGACGUAUAUCCCCUGCAUAAUGACAGUAAUCCUCUCCCAAGUGUCCUUCUGGAUAAAUAAAGAAUCAGUGCCAGCGCGCACAGUUUUCGGCAUCACCACCGUCCUGACCAUGACGACACUCAGUAUCAGCGCUCGCCAUUCCCUCCCCAAGGUCUCGUAUGCUACUGCGAUGGACUGGUUCAUCGCCGUCUGCUUCGCCUUCGUCUUCUCCGCCCUCAUUGAGUUUGCCGCUGUCAACUACUUCACCAAUGCACAGAUUGAGCGCGCCAAAAAGAAGCCGGCCAAAUGUCCCCCGGGGCCCCAAUCCACGCCUGUCAAGGUCAAGGACGCAGAGGAAGUGCUGCAGCAAAAUCCUGAUACGAACGGUAAUCUGAGGAAGCGCAUGAAUUAUAUCUCCCACCAAGAGUCGAGCAGUCAACAGAGAGCCCACUCCACCACCAACAUUGCAGGAGUCGGGCGAGGAAGGCCGCUGCGACCUUUAGCAGGUGGAGCCAACGGCAGCUCUUCCACCCUCUCCCGCUCCAGCCCAAAGUCUGAGAGUCUGCUCAGCGUUGCGUCUUCCUCAGCGCAGCUGGUGAAGAGCACGCCUCAGGCUGCAGCUUCUACGCCAGACGUGAUGGCGGGGACGCCGUGCAAGCAGAACGCCAGCACUUCCUCUCUGCAGCAUCUGCUGGGCCCGAAGCUGGAGCGCAUCCAGAUGAUGGGGAACAAACUGGAGCCGAAGCAGACGCCGUGCUCCCAGCCCACCACUGCUGGUAUGGGCGGAACCAGUAAAAUUGACAAGUAUGCACGGAUCCUCUUCCCCGUGUCGUUUGGCGCAUUUAACAUGGUGUACUGGGUGGUUUACUUAUCAAAGGACACCAUGGUGGCUAAAGGUGGCUAGACGUGUCUUUUAACACAUGGGAAGCAAAUAAGGAUUACUGGAGUUUGUGAACAUUAAGUAGAACGUGUUGUUUUUGCCAAACAGAUGAACUAAAUGUGUCCAUAAAGCACUUAAGAAUACAUUUAUUUUUUUCUUCCUGAGUCCUGAAACUGCAAGCAUGGGAACAAGCGAACAAAAUUAGAAAAACCUGACUCCACAUAAGAAGGAACACCUGCACACUGGAGUAUGCUACUGUCCUCUUUCUAUUACAUCGUGCUUCAUCUGACUGAAAGGUCCUCAUCGGCUUCAACUGAUCUCUUCUGGCCUGCAGUCAAGAUAAAGCAUGGAUUUUAUUCAUUUUCCUAUUUUUGUACCCUGCACCUGGCAAGAUGCGAGGACGUGUGUGCCAUUGUUCUGAACUCAACUGCACCAACACUGUAAAUAUAUAAAUUUAUUAGGAUAAACAGAUUUAUAUUUAAUGAAUACAAUUUACUUCCUUUUGAAUAAUUAAGACGUGUCGCUUUUGGUGCCAGCAGGUUAGAGGUUGCAAAAUUAAAACAGAAUGGAAAUUUCUUGAAUGUUGGCCAAAAGGGUUUGAAACUAAAAUGGAUUUGGCCAGAAUGAAAGUCCUCAAACCAGGCUGAGUGGAGCUUUGGCCAGGACCUGAUCAACCAUGAAAAGCUUCUCUUGUAUAGUACCUACUUGCAAAGCAUCUUUCACAUGGAAGAAGGAUUAACUAAUCUGAAAGAGCGAAUAUGAAAUUUGUGGAUAAGUCGGGCAGAAAAUGGUAAAGACAAGUUAUUAAUUCAUGUAACAGUAGGCUUUAAGCUUCUUUCCGUAACAGACUGCGGAAUAGCAGACAAAGAUUGUGUAAGUGAUUAAAAAAGAGCCAUAGCAUGAACAAAUACAGGGAGCAGAACACAAAGCCAUUUGCUCGUAGACCACUGUGGCAAUAAAAUAAUGAGCUGGUUGUUUGUUUCGAGACAUUUCGGCGUGCUCAACAAAAGAAUGUGACUCAACAGCAGCUCCAGGGGAGAAACACAACAUCUUACUGCUGUCAUCCACAUUCUUAAAUGUGUUUCCGUGCACUUUGAUUUUGGGCAUAAAACAUUAUUUAAUUACUCUUCAUGGGAAAGAUCUCUCAUGUGUGUCUAUGGAGCACACUCAGCUCCUAUCAAAACUACAGCAGAUACACAACACG